UAAGGAGUGCACGUGGUUUAUUCUGCUUCUGGCUAUUCUAACGGAUACCUGACUUAUUUUUUUGAAACAGAACAUUUACUUUGUUCAAAUGCGUGUACGCGCGUAGAAUUGUUUUGUAUUGUCCACCGGAAGCGGAAAUUGGCUGAAGCGUUUCUUUGAGGGUGAAGAUCUAGGCGGAAAGAGUAAAACAGGAGGGAAGCAGUGAACGGUUAAUAGAAAAUGGCAGCGUACCAAAUAAGUAUGAUCUGGAGUGUGACAAAGUGGGGCUGCUGGAAAAAUGCGCCCUAGAAGACAUGAAAGUGAGUGACCCUGUGACAUUUAUUCUUGUUGCAUCGAGAAGAGACCUUUUUUCCAAGUUUGUAUAACCGUGUAGGUAAAAUGGCUGAGUUGGUGCACUACAUUCAUCUUCAGAACUUUAGCAAAUCCCUCUUGGAAAUAUUAAAUGGGCAGCGUUUAGGUGGCCAUUUCUGUGAUGUAACUGUACACAUUCAUGAUACCACACUUAGAGCACAUCGCUGCGUACUAGCUGCUGGAAGUCCCUUCUUUCAUGACAAGUUACUCCUGGGUUACACUGAAAUUGAGGUGCCUCCUGUUGUUCCUGCUCAAAUUGUUCAGCAGCUGGUGGAAUUCAUGUAUAGCGGUUCCUUGGUCGUAGCUCAGUCAGAAGCGCUUCAGAUUCUUACAGCUGCAAGCAUUUUGCAGAUUAAGACAGUUAUCGAUGAAUGCACACAGAUAAUUUCACAAAGUAGGACUUCCAAGCCUGUAAGCAUACAGUGCAUACCAAACAGGAUUGCAUCUGAUACUAAACCCAUUGAACAGUUGAGAAAUGAGAGUGCAUUGUGCAGGCAAGUAAAGAAUCAGAGCUGUGGACCCACUAUACGAGCAAUUGAGGCAAGUGUUUCAGCCCAACUUGGAUUUUUGAGUGAUACGGUGAAAGCUGUGUGCACUCCUGAAAUUCGUUACAAACUUAGAGAUCUUCUGUCUUCUCAACGACAGCAAGUAGAGGUCAGAGGGAGAUCUGUGUCUGAUAGUGAUAUCACAACUCCAAGUGAUACUGCUGCCAACAGUGAAAGAGUGACUCCUUCAUAUAACCUACAGACUGAGAUGCCACAAGGCUGUCAUAGCCGCAAACAGAGGCAGCCAGUGAGACUGCAAAUUCUGGACUCCAUUCCAGUGGUAAUUAAGGAUGAAGAAGAUGAAGAUGCGAGCUGUUAUGGUAACACAAGGUCAAGCAUUGGUGAUCAGACAUCUGGCUUCUCAAAUUGCAAUGAAAUCACAAAAGUUGAGAAUAAUGAUGAAUCUUUGAUGAUUGGCAAUAUUACUUCGGGUGAAAUAAAGGAGACUGGAGGGCAAGUGGAAUUUAAUCCCGAAGGACAAGAUUUUUUUAACAACAGGGAAGUGUUCUCAGAAACUUUUAUUCCACCUUGGCAAGGAGAAGAAGUGAUGAGUGUUGCAAGAGAGUGUUCUGUGGAUAGUGAUCAGAAAAUUUCAAGUAACUGUACCCUUGAAGUAUCAGGAAUAAGAAACGUACCACUGUCAAACCAGGAGUUCAAAACAUCUCCUUCCUUCUCUUCAAGAAAUGCUGAACAGCGGACUGUUGGCCACACUGCAUCUAAUAUCCAGCGAGAGCAUAAAAUGCCCAUUGUCUCGGGAGUUACCUCUGCUGCAUCAAGUAUAUAUCAGUUUCAUGUUGCCCAUCACUCCCAGACGCAACCAGUAAUUGGUCAGGGAUACUAUAGUAUCCAACAUGACUCUGCGCACACAGUUCAUAUGAGUCCAAGUGUGGGGUCAAGUAUCCAAAAGUCUGAGCCAGGAGGGCUGCCUGUUCGAAGGACUGACCCAGCCUAUGAGUGUACACACUGCCAGAAAACGUUUAGUUCCAGAAAGAAUUACACCAAGCAUUUAUUCAUCCACACAGGAGAAAAACCUCAUCAGUGCAGUGUUUGUUGGCGUUCCUUCUCUCUACGAGACUAUCUCCUGAAGCACAUGGUGACACAUACGGGGGUGCGUGCCUUUCAAUGUUCCAUAUGCAACAAGCGAUUCACUCAAAAGAGCUCCCUCAAUGUUCACAUGCGCACCCAUCGCCCUGAGCGUUUCCAGUGCAGUAUUUGCAACAAGCAUUUCUCUCAUCGUACACUGCUUGAGCGGCACAUGACAACACACACAGUGGUCAACAGUGUAACUGCAGGAAAUCCACAAGAACUUAGUUCAGGAAGUGAAGUAAAAAGUUUACAACAGUUCCCAGAGCAAAGUGGAAAUGGGUUGUUGUUAUGAGCGAGUGAGAAAAAAGUUCCCUGAAUUCAUCAGAAUACAGAUGUAUGGGAGUAGAAUGUCAUGAGGAAAACCUGUAUAGGCGAUGUCCUGUGUUUAAGUGCAUGUACUGUACGGUUUGCAUAAAAACCAUGGUUUUAGGAACUUUACCGUUUCAACACCGUAUGUGAAAGAUGGUGUCCUUCCAGUUAUUGGAGGCUUGAAAAACAUUUCAAGAGAAAUUUAGGUUGCUGUAUCUAUUGACUGAUGUAUACAAAUAUAUGCACUGUGACAAGAUUUUAGUUAUACAAAAAUUUUUUUACUUUUUUAAAACUGCAUCUUGUACUAGAAUGCAGCAGUCAUCUUCCACAUGGUUCAUUGAUGGAUAAGUAUGUUUUAAAAACAUGUUUGUAAUUUAAACCUUUAGCCACUGUGGGGGGUUAGCAUUUCAUUUUCCUAAUGCUGCAGAGCUGAUUUUAAUACAGAACUGUAAACUUGCCACAGUUGCACUAUAACUUUUGUUAAUGACAGUUAUGCACGCUUGCUGUCAUUAAUUUGACACAUUUCUCCCCAACUUAUCUGCCUAUACCUUGUAUGUAAGGGAAAGGGCAACGUGUGUUCACUAAAUCACAGCAUUGCUUCUUGUAAGAAGCUACUUUCUACUGUAUUUUACUGUAUUUAUAAAUGGCUUAACUGUUAA